CAAGCAGAGCUCGUGGAAUAGCUAGUCAGCAGAGCAAACAAUAAUGGCGAGGCUUGCUCUUCCUUACAUUAGCUUUAUAGGGUUCUUGUUACUUAUGUGCAUGGUAGCACAACCUGGAACAGGCGGGACAACUCAUAGUGAUGAAGUGAAAGCCCUUGGUGAAAUAGCUGAACAAUUGGGAAAGAAAGACUGGAAUACCAAUGUGUGCAUAAAUGACCUAAGUUGGUUAACGCCAAAAUUGGCGGAUUUGAGGCCACCAGACAACAAUUCUCUCUUUUGCAAUUGCUCCUACCCUGAUGGUGUAUGCCACGUCGUUGCAUUGAUUCUUAAACGGCAGGAUCUCGGCGGUGUGCUUCCGCGAUCUCUGGUGAAGCUACGCUACCUAACGUACCUUGAUCUCUAUGGUAACUUCCUUAGUCGUAACAUACCCCACGAAUGGGCUUCUACAAAGUUGGAAAUUUUGUCCCUCUCUGUGAACAACUUAUCAGGACCAAUUCCAAAUUUCCUGGGAAACAUUACCACACUUAGAUAUAUGAAUAUAGAGAACAAUCUGUUUUCAGGAAUGGUUCCCGUUGAGCUUGGAAAGUUGUUUAACUUGGAGAUACUCAUUCUUAGUGCUAACAAUCUCUCAGGGGAGUUGCCAGUUGCGCUAACUAAGUUGACCAAAUUAACGGAACUUAGAAUUAGUAGUAACAACUUCACUGGAAGAAUGCCUGACUUUUUCCAAAGUUGGAAACAACUUGAGAAAUUAGAGAUCGAAGCUAGUGGUUUUGAGGGGCCAAUUCCUUCUAGCAUUUCUAUCUUGAGUAACUUAACUGAGCUAAGGAUCAGUGACUUAGUUGGAGGGGAUUCAAAAUUUCCAAACUUAGGAAGCAGCACACGAAUGAAUAGAUUAAUGUUGAAGAGCUGUAAUAUCUCUGGAUCAAUUCCUACAUCUAUAUUGAACAUGACCCAACUUCAAACCUUAGAUCUCAGCUUCAACAGAUUGGAUGGAAUAAUUCCAUCCUUUGGUGAUCUAACAAAAUUGACAUACUUGUGUCUGACAAGCAACUUGCUCACUGGGUUUGUUCCGGACUGGAUCACGAGCAGAGAUAGUAAAUACCAAAUAGAUCUUUCUUACAAUAAUUUGUCAGAGGGCUCUACACCAACUUGUACAGAUAACAUAAAUUUCUUCAAAAGCUUUUCUGGAAGGGACAAGUUAACACUUCGUGAGUGCUUGGAUGAGUCUCCAUGUCAGAAAGAUUGGUAUUCAGUGCAUAUAAAUUGUGGUGGGAAAGCAACCACAAUUGGAAACAUUAAGUAUGAAGCAGAUGUUGACCCAGCUGGAGCAGCGAGAUAUGUUCGUGUGAGGGAGUAUUGGGGAUUCAGUAGCUCUGGAAGAUUUUGGGAUGUAAACACUACCGCAAAUGACUAUAUAGCAAAUAAUGUAUCCAUACUCAAAAUGAAUGAGUCUGAACUAUACACAAGUGCACGCCUGUCUCCUCUUUCAAUCACAUACUAUGCCCGCUGCCUAGCAAACGGAACUUAUAAAUUGAAACUUCACUUUGCAGAGAUAGUAAUUAGAGACAAUAGAUCUUUUUACAGUCUUGGAAGGCGGAUAUUUGAUAUUUAUGUGCAGGAAAAACUGGUGUUGAAAGAUUUUGAUAUUGAAAAUGCUGCACCAGGGGUUGAUAAAGCAGUUGUUAGGGAAUAUAAAGCAAAUGUAACAAAUAAAGUUUUGAUGAUUCGCUUUUUUUGGGCUGGGAAAGGAACAACAACUGCCCCAACGAGAGGAACAUAUGGUCCCCUCAUAUCAGCUAUCUCUGUGGAAGCUGAUUUCAGUCUCCCUGAUGAUGGCAAGAUGAAGAUAUCCAUUGUGGUUGGAGCUGUAGUUGUAGUGCUACUCCUCAUUUUUAUGAUUUUGGGCAUUCUUUGGUGGAAAGGUUGUUUGGGAGGGAGGAAAUCAAGAGAAAAUGAGUUAAAAGGAUUAGACCUGCAAACUGGUUAUUUUACAUAUAGACAAAUAAAAGCUGCCACUAAUAACUUCAAUGCUGCAAACAAGCUGGGGGAGGGUGGUUUUGGAUCAGUUUACAAGGGUAUAUUAUCUGAUGGUACUAUAAUUGCAGUUAAGCAACUUUCAUCAAAAUCAAGGCAAGGAAGCCGUGAAUUUGUGAACGAAAUAGGCAUGAUAUCUGGUUUACAACAUCCAAAUCUUGUUAGACUGUAUGGCUGUUGUAUUGAAGGAAAACAAUUAUUGUUGGUAUAUGAGUACAUGGAAAACAAUAGCCUUGCACGUGCUUUGUUUGGUCCUGCAGAUAGCCAGUUAAAAUUGGACUGGCUUGCAAGACAGAAAAUAUGUGUUGGUAUAGCAAAAGGCCUGGCUUUCUUACAUGAGGAAUCAACGCUGAAAAUUGUUCAUAGAGACAUCAAAUCUACUAAUGUGUUGCUUGACAAAGACCUUAACCCUAAGAUCUCUGACUUUGGUUUGGCCAAGCUCGAUGAAGAGGAGAACACACACAUUAGCACUAGAAUUGCUGGAACAAUAGGCUAUAUGGCACCAGAAUAUGCAUUAUGGGGUCAUCUAACCUACAAAGCGGAUGUUUAUAGUUUUGGAGUUGUUGCAUUGGAAAUUAUUGCUGGGAAGAACAACAUGAAAUAUCGACCAAAUCAGAACUUCAUAUGCCUUUUAGAUUGGGCCAUCGUGUUACAACAGAGAGGGGAAUUGAUGGAGUUGGUGGAUCCAGAAUUGGGGUCUGAUUUCAGCAAGGAAGAGGCACUUAGAAUGAUUAAAGUAGCUUUAUUAUGCACUAAUCCAUCACCAGUGCUUAGGCCUGUCAUGACUGCAGUAGUGAACAUGCUUGAAGGCCGGAUAGUCAUUGAUGAAUUGACCAGAGGUCCAAGUAUUUAUGGCGAUGAAUGGGGGUUUGAAGCCUUAAAAGAUCAAUAUGGUGAGAGCUCACGACCAAACUCAAUGGAAAGUCAGAGCCUUGUUCAAUCAGCAAAUGCAACAUGGAUUGGCUCUUCUUCUACAUCUGCCCACAACAUCUAUUCCACUAAUCAAAAUGAAUGAGGAGUGUGGAUGGCAAUAAAUGUGGGAUUUUAAGUAAAAUUAGUUCACAUAGGUUUGUAAUAACUCUACAGACAUAAUUAAUAGUGUUUUGCUCACCGUUAGAUCUAACAAUAAUCUACGGUUCAAAAAAAAUGUAUACCUUGAAUUUAUCUCAUAUAUAUAUAUAUAUAUAUAUAUAUAUAAAAGCAACUAAGCCUCCAGCUUAUGUGACUAGCAUUGUGCUAAGAAACUAUGAGCUUUGUGGUUUUAAUACCAAGAUAAUACUUUGAA